AUGGCCAACUUCGUGGUCAUAAAAGGAGGCUCCCAGUAUAACGCGGUAAUCGGGAGACCAACCCUCCAGGCAUUGAGGGCAAUAACCUCCGUCUACCACCAAAAGGUCAAGUUCCCCACCCCAAAUGGCGUAGGGAAAAUGAAGAGCAACCAGUAUGAAGCUAGGGUUACGUACUCUGAUGCCCUGCACGGAUACGGCCAACCAGGGAGACAGGAGUUGGUGGAAAUCCAAGUUGAUGAAGUCGAGUCCACCAAAGUGCUAAAAGUGGGCUUGGGCUUAGCCCCAUCACUUAAGGGUGAGAUCGAAAACUUCCUCAGGAAGAACCUAGAUGUUUUCGCCUGGAAUCAUUCUGACAUGGAAGGGAUCGACGCCAAGCUCAGCAAAACAAUGGAAGUCUAUGUCGAUGAUAUGCUUGUAAAAAGUUCCAGGGCUAGCCAUCACGUCAAUCAUCUGGGGGAAAUGUUUGGUGUGCUGAGAAAAUACCACAUGAAGCUCAAUCCCCAGAAGUGUGCCUUUGGAGUUGGGUCGGGGAAAUUCCUCAGCUUUAUGGUCAGCAACCGUGGGAUUGAAGCUAACCCCGAGAAAAUCAAAGCCCUACAGGAUAUGUGGUCCCCGACAAAGCCAAAGGAAGUGCAAAGAUUAACGGGAUGUGUCGCCGCCCUAAAUAGGUUCGUAUCAAAGGCGACCAACAAAUGCGUCCCCUUCUUCGACGCUUUGAAAGGAAGCAAGCGUUUCGAGUGGACACCCCAAUGUGAAGAGGCCUUCCAGAAAUUGAAGGAGCACUUGGGCAAGCCCCCAAUUUUGUCAAAACCAAAUGUCGACGAGGAGCUUAGUCUAUACCUCUCCGUGUCCCAACACGCCAUAAGCUCCGUAUUAGUAAGAGAAGAAGAAAGGGUGCAGUUGUCGAUCUACUACGUGAGCAAAAGGCUCGGUGACGCCGAGUCAAGAUACAGCGAAAUGGAGCGCCUAGCCGUCGCCCUGAUGGUAGCUUCAAGGAAGCUUCGGUACUAUUUCCAGUCUCACACAAUAUGGGUUCUCACCAACCACCUGCUAAGACAGGCUCUACAAAAGCCCAAAACUUCCGGUCGACUCCUCAAGUGGAGCCGGCAUCUUAUUAUCAGCCCCAAAGGCCACAAAAUUACCUCGGCGGUCCGAUUCAAAUUCAAGGCGUCAAACAACGAGGCGGAAUAUGAAGCAUUAAUUGCCGGACUACGGUUAGCCAGCCACCUGAAGAUCGAAAGGCUCAACAUUUUCAGCGAUUCUCAACUGGUCAUUGCGCAAGUAAAGGAAGAAUACCAAGCGCACGGCGAGAAGAUGGGAGCGUACUUGAGAAAGCUAGCAUCUUCCAGAGAAUCCGACACGCUAGGGGUCAUUCCUAUCGAAGAAUUAGAGCAACCGACUAUCGAAGAAAAGGUUAAGGCGUUAAUCGUCCAAGUAAGUGAAAAUUGGAUGACUCCACUCAUCCAUUACCUAAUGGAUGUACAACUGCCGAAUGAUAAAGACGAAGCCAGACAGAUUCGGUAUAGAGCUACUAGGUACUUGUUGUAUGACGGCUUGCUCUACCGACGAGGCUACUCAACCACUCUACAGCGGUGCUUGGAUGAUGCCGAAGCCCAGAAAGUCCUCCAUGAAAUCCAUGAGGGAGUCUGA